GCCAGCUUUCCUUCCUCACCCACAAGGAUUUUCACUCAUUCCAUUCUCACCUUACUUGGUAGCUUAACGAAAGAAAAAAUAACUUCCUUUCGCUCCGUCUAACCUUCCUUACUAGCCGAUCUUCAUACACUCUCUUCCGCCCUUCUUUAUACAUCCCUCGUUCUCAUUCACUCUCUUUGACCUGUUUAUUUGUCGAGAAAUCAUGAAAAUCGCUGUCUCUUCGGUUAUUCUCUCUUUGGUAGCUGCGACAGCUGUCUUCGCUGCACCAGCUCCUGCUCUUCAUCAGCUUGAGAAGCGUGACUGGAUUGUGGACAAGCUUCUUCCUUUAUUCACAAAGGCUUUUGAUACCUUGAAAUGCGAGGCUUGUGAAGCUGCUAUCAGUAGCGCCAAAGAUAUCGCUUUGUUGAAUAAGGGUUGGGCAAUGGAUGCUGCCAGGAAACUUUGUCCAACCUUAAUGGGACAGCAUACUGAUGUCUGUGACGGAUUGGUCGAUCUUUAUGGUCCUGUCGUUGUCGACACUAUCUUAAAGGUCAACUUCUCUAAAGGUGAUGGCAAGUACGUGUGUCACGCUCUUGCUGGUAUUUGUUCUCCACCAGUACUCAAGCCAAACACAAUCGUCUUCCCAAAGCCCAAGCCUACCAAUGCUGCCCCUCCUGCUCACAGUGGUCAACGAAUCGAGGCUCUUCAUUUGUCUGACUGGCAUGUCGAUGAGCUCUACGCACCUGGUUCAGAGGCCAAAUGCGAUAAACCCACAUGCUGCAGCAAGAACGCAAACUCUGCUGCGGCCAUUGUGCAUCCUGCUUCCUCCUGGGGCGAAUACAGCUGUGACACUCCGGUCAAACUAACACAAGAUCUACUCAAUUUUGUUCCCAAGGCUGCUAAUGUCAGCUUUGUGAUAUUGACGGGCGAUGUUCCCCCACACGACGUCUGGCUUCAGACAAAGGAGACGGUUUUACCCAUUGAAAAGAAUGCUUAUGAGGCUAUGUCGGAGCUUCCGGCCAGGGUCUAUCCUGCUGUUGGUAACCAUGAAUCUGGCCCAUCAAAUUUGUUUUCCACACCUUCGUCUGGAGAUGACAUGUCAUGGUUAUAUAACAGCCUUGCAGACAAUUGGUCUCGCUGGCUACCGGAGGAUGCUGUCAACACUGUCAGGAAUUAUGGUGCUUAUACCGCUAGCCCUGCUCCCGGUUUACGUAUCAUUUCCCUCAACACCAACUUUUGCUACAAGAACAAUUUCCAUUUGUUGGCCAACCUUAACGACCAUGAUCCCUAUGGUGAGCUAAAGUGGCUUAUUGCUCAACUCCAAGCUGCUGAGGAUGCUGGUGAACGUGUUUGGAUCAUUGGUCAUGUUAGUCCUUCACAGACAGACUGCCUCCAGAACUGGUCUGCCCAAUACUAUCAAACCGUCCAGCGCUACUCUCCUCAUGUCAUUGCGGAGCAGUUCUUUGGUCACAGUCAUCGCGAUGAAUUUGCUCUUUUCUAUGGCCCAGGUAGCUCCAAGAGUGCCCGUAACGCCAUUGGAACCGCGUGGAUUGGACCUUCGGUCACACCCUUUACAAACCUCAAUCCUGGCUUCCGUGUCUAUGAGGUCGAUACCAAGAGCUGGAACGUCUUUGAUUCCAGAACUUAUAUUGCCAAUCUCGACCAGGCUGCCAACUGGGAUGCCACGGGUGGCACCCCUAACUGGCACUUGGAGUACUCUGCUCGCCAGACUUACGGCGCCUUUGCUCCUGUGGCUGCGAAUGAGCCUUUGACUGCUGCAUGGUGGCACAAUGUUACACAAGUCUUCGAGAAUAACGACAUGGCCUUCCAACAAUUCUGGACCUUCCGUAGCAAGUCUGCAAAGCGUGAGGAAGCUUGUGCUGCUGGCAGCGAAUGCAAGACCGACACCAUCUGUAACUUGCGUGCGGGUAAGAGCUCGGAUGCUUGCGUCAGCACCACCCGUCGUCACAAGACACUCAGUCACGGCGGCGCUCCAGGAUCACUUAGUCUUCCUAAGCAUGCAGAGUCGCUUCAGUCUUGGGACAAGAAUCUCUGUGGAUCGCCUUUCGGCUUUUAAACCACUAAACAAAUAGUAAUCGGAAUCAAAAGAAAAAAUGAUGUAAUGAUGGAGCUGUAACAGCAG